AUGCGGCUGAUGGGCUGCGUUUCUGGCGCUGGCGCGGACGCGGAAGGCCGCGAGGCGCGGAAAGUCAACAAGCAGAUCGAGGAGCAGCUCGCCAAGGACAAGCAGGUCAUGCGCGCCACACACAGGCUUCUGCUUUUGGGCGCUGGUGAGAGCGGUAAGAGCACAAUCGUGAAACAGAUGCGAAUAUUGCACAUAAACGGUUUCAACGAGGCAGAGAAAAUGGAGAAGAUCAAAGACAUCCGGCGAAAUAUACGUGACGCUAUGCAGGUUCGUGAGUGCUUCGAUUCCUGCUGCAAGCUGCCACCGCUGGCCGUUUGCCGUGUAGCAAUUAGUGCUUGUAUUUGA